AUGGACAGUUUGAUCCUCGAGCUUCCAGAAUACGUUGAUUUGAUGUGUGGGAUUAUAGAUACUGUAGAGGACGUGAAGAUCCUCCAUGACAAGAAAACCGUCAUCAAAGACAAUCUAUCUCAUGAUCAAAUUACAAAUAUUUUUAACAGGAUAAAAAAAUCAACUGGCAUUGAUAAGAAAUCUGGACUGGAGAAAGCGGUUGACGAAGUUUACAAACAUUAUGGAAGUCGGCUAGGGGUGAAGGCAUGGAGAUCUAUCAAGAAAUGUCGGAAUUCGUCAUGGAAUUUUGUCCAAGCUUCGUGA